AUGAACUUCGACCGUUUGAAUCCGUUGUCCAACUACCUCUCCAAGAAUGGCAUGGAGAUGAGCGAUUGGGGCAUUGAAGAGACCUCGUCGCGGACCACGUCCCAUUUCCUGGGCUACGACCAGCUCAGAAGACCUAGCGUGGCCCACCAGUUGUACUUCGAUGAUCUCCAGUCUAACCACCUGAACCACGACUUCCAAUACUAUUACCAUAAGCACAAUGCUAAUCCCAUCCUUGCGACCACCGAGAACUUUGCCAAGUUUAUCAAAAAGUACCUCUCAUUGCAGAACGUAAAUGGAGAGUUCUGGGAAAAGUUCAAGUACAAUCUAGUAGUGUCCAACGUGUUGGAUGAUUCCAUGAUCUUAUCCAAGAACGAACAGAGCUUGAAUGAACUCAUGAGGAAACAAGCAGACUCCGACCAUCCCAGGAAAUCCUUUGAGAACCAUCCCACCUUUAUCGAUGGCCUCAACUCAGACGGCUCUAGACUCACGGUUCUAAACGUCAACUAUAACUUGAGCUACCCUUUCACCUACAAUAAUUUCAAUUACAUUAUCCCCAUCAUCAACCUAGUUAUUUUUCUCUUGAAGCAAAGACAUCACCAUGUAAAUCAUAAUCAGAUUACUACUCCAAGUCAAGUUAAACUAUUCAAGAUUUUGUUGAUAGUGAGCUCCAAGCUAUUCAAAUACAAACGGUUCAAUCACUACAUCAAAACAUCGCAGAACCUUCUGGCAUUGAAUAACUUUUUAUUGCUCAACUACAAACUCAACAAAAAAAUCAUCACCAACCUUCUAGCCUAUAAAGAAAUGGAGGUAUUUAACUUUUUGGAUCAAACGCCUGCCAAGAAAGCGGAACAAACCGGAUACAAAAAAGAGCUCAAGAAAAUGCUACUUCAUUCACUUGACUUUCUUAAUUUCAAUUUGAGAUCUUCCAUCACCCAACUAUUACCCUAUUUGAACGGAGAAUUGUUCGAACAAUACUGCAUGAUCAAUAAUAUCAAUAUCGACAUUUUGUGUCAAGACUUUGAGGACUCAAACAACGAUGAGGAUCUGGAGAAAGUCAACAACCCUCUCGAAGCAAUUAUAUUCAGCAUUAAGAAGUUCAAUCAACUUCGUAAACUCUUGAUUUGUCAACUUCUUACAUUCAAUGAAGUUCCAAUCAAGAAGAACUUUUUCAUUUACAAAUUGAUGGAUCAAUUUCAUAUGGAUUCUCUAGGCUCAAAUAGUUUGAGUGAAUCUAUUAGCAUUUCAAGUAUUCAGAAACUCAAUAUUUUAGCAAGAGUCUUUAAUGAGCACAACCAGGUACUUGACAAUUUCAAUUGCUCAUUUGAGAGAUUCGAUCAAUUACACUCAAACAACCCUUUGAAGGAAAGUAAACCUACCGUAUCCCUUGAACACCAGGAUAUUCUAGCCAUAAAGGAUAUCAAACAAUCACUAAAGAUCGACAAUGAUCAAAUGGCCCAUAAUGGUGUUGUAACAAUGAUUAACAAGCUUUCAAAUUUAACUACCAACUUGAAAUUUUUCAACAAAUACAAUCAAUCAACAAAAGAUAUCAAGAAUGUUGACGAACUCAAUGAGAAAAUCAUGAUAUUCCAUCAAUUCAGCGACGAACUCAGUACGAUCAAGCAAUUGUAUCAGCUGAACUUGGCGGAUUUGCAAAACGAAUUGAUGAACCAAAAUGGGAACUUAUCACCAUCCAGUUCCAGAUCCUCGUCGGGAUUAACUUCACCUAGAACCUCAAUGCUGGGCCACCAGGGUUUGAAGUCGUUCCAUAAUUCUACAAUCAAGAAGAGAUACUCUUUACCGGUAACAACAUCACUCAAGUUACCCAACAGCCCCAUAAGUCCAGUGACCCCUAUGAUGGAUCCCACGCCUAGCCAUGGAUCCGAAAAAUCACCUGCAUCCCUGACGUCAGAUUCUUCUGGCAAGAAAUACAAACGUCUUUCAACAGGUCUUCAAUUGGGCCUACUCACUGUUUUUGAGGAUACAGCUAAAGAGUCUAAUGCUUCAAGCAAAAGAAUCUCUGGAGGCACAAAGCCUCGUAUCAGCAAUACUACAUUUCUUCAAAAUAAGGACGAACUUGGUGUUGCCUAUGAUGACAAUUACAUCAACAUAUUACCACCGACAAGUUAUGAAACUUACAAUAAGAGUGCUUUGGACCAACUCUCAAAUGGAAAUCAUUCUAAAAAGCAUAGUUUGAGAAAUUCUAAUCGAUUCUCCAUGAAUUCGAUGAACUCCAAUGUAAGUGGUAUAAGUGAUUUAAUAAGUUCAACCCAAAUUACCAGCUAUAUUGAGGACGAGGAAAACAAUGACGAACUUAUUAAAGGAAACUUCUCAAGAAAUGGCCACCAACAUAUCUCCAAGGAGGAAUUGAGAUUGAAAUUGGAAGAAAGCUUUAGUAGAAUAUACAGCUUGGAAAACGAAAAUAAAAUUCUCAAGCUGAAUAGAUCGAACGAGGAAAUGUCCAAUGAACUUGGUGAAAACUCCCACAAUACACAAGAUAGAGAGAGCACAAUCCGAGGUGAUCAUACCUCUGGAGUACAGCCUCAUGAGAUUUCAUCUACAUUUUUGACUGAAUUAGAACAGACCUUAAAUAGACCCAAUGUCUCAAACGAAGUCCAAUAG